UUGUUAUCAUGUGUGCGGGAGCAGACGUUGUCCGAGACAUCAUGCUAGCGGUUCACAGAAGGAGGCUCACCAACGGCAGCUACAUCUUCUUCAACAUUGAACUCUUCAACUCCUCGUCCUACGGCAACGGCUCGUGGAAGCGAGGGGAUAGGUACGACAGUGAGGCGCGACAGGCGUACUCUGCCCUCAACACGGUCACGCUGCUCCGGACGGUCAAACCAGAGUUUGACAACUUCUCCCUGGAGGUCAAGAGAUCAAUUCAGAAAGCCGGACUACCGGACUGUGACGACUGUGAUAAUGUACGUACGUCUGGCAUCCUGAACUCUAAACCAACUGUUAACUGUGAAGACUGUGAUCAUGUAUAUACAGUACCAGUCAACAGUUUGGAUACACAUACUCAUUCAAGGAUUUUUCUUAGUUUUUACUAUUUUCUACAUUGUAGAAUAAUAGUGAACACAUCAAAACUAUGAUAUAACACAUAUGGAAUCAUGGAGUAACCAAAAAAAGUGUUAAACAAAUCAAAAUAUAUUUUAGAUUUUAGAUUCUUCCAAGUAGUCACCCUUUCUUUGCCUUGAUGACAGCUUUGUACACUCUUGGCAUUCUCUCAACCAGCUUCACCUGGAAUGCUUUUCCAACUGUCUUGAAGGAGUUCCCACAUAUGCUGAGCAAUUGUUGGCUGCUUUUCCUUCACUCGGUCGGUCUGACUCAUCCCAAACCAUCUCAAUUGGGUUGAGAUUGGGGGAUUGUGGAGGCCAGGUCAUCUGAUGCAGCAUUUCAUCACUCUCCUUCUUGGUAAAAUAACCCUUAUACAGCCUGGAGGUGUGUUGGGUCAUUGUCCUGUGGAAAAACAAAUGAUAGUGGGACUAAGCCCAAACCAGAUGGGAUGGCGUAUCGCUGCAGAAGGCUGUGGUAGCCAUGCUGGUUAAGUGUGCCUUGAAUUCUAAAUAAAUCAGACAGUGUCACCAGCAAAGCACCCCCACACCAUCACACCUCCUCCUCCAUGCUUCACGGUGGGAAAUACACAUUCGGAGAUCAUCCGUUCACCUACUCUGCUUCUCACAAAGACACGACGGUUGGAAUCAAACAUCUCAAAUUUGGACACAUCAGACCAAAGGACAGAUUUCCACCAGUCUAAAUGUCCAUUGCUCGUGUUUCUUGGCCCAAGCAAGAGUCUUAUUCUUAUUGGUGUCCUUUAUAGGUGGUUUCCUGGCAGCAAUUCGACCAUGAAGGCCUGAUUCACACAGUCUCCUCUGAAAAGUUGAUGUUGAAAUGUCUGUUACUUGACCUCUGUGAAGCAUUUAUUUGGACCUAAAUUUCUGAGGCUGAUUACUCUGAACUUAUCCGCUAGAGCAGAGGUAACUCUGGGUCUUCCUUUCCUGUGGCGGUCCUCAUGAGAGACAGUUUCAUCACAGCUCUUGUUUUUUUUGCGACUGCACUUGAAGGAACUUUCAAAGUCCUUGAAAUGUCCUGGAUUGACUGACCUUCAUGUCUUAAAGUAAUGAUGGACUGUCAUUUCUCUUUGCUUAUUUGAGCUGUUCUUGCCAUAAU